AUGGAAGUUCUGGUUGCAGAAAACAAGAUACAAGAUAAAAUGCAUCCCAUUGGUGAUAAUUCAGUAUUUUACCAUAAUGAAAGUUGCCCCCAAAAAUGUGAGGAUAUGGUGCUUGAGGUAGAAGAUGGCCCCCCAAAUGUUGAAGCCUGUCUGCCACAAUGCAUGGCUGUGCAGCUCAAUGCAGAGAGGCCACAUGACGCAUUUGUAACAGCAUUGCUCGACUAUUCCAUCAAGAAACUAGAGUGUCUACACAUCAGUGACGAUUAUGGCGUCCCUGUGCAAAAUACCCAUGGCGCACUAAUUCCUUACAAGGGGCAAUUUGAUCCAUCCAAGAAGCAUAAAUCACCACCCAAGGUUGAUCUUGAUUCUGAGACUAUGCGAGUGUGGAAAAUGCUGAUGGAGAAUGAUGAAAGUGAAAUUAUUGAAGAAGCGAACGAAGAUAAGGAAAAAUGGUGGGAAGAACAGAGAGAAAUAUUCAGUGGACGGGUGGACUCAUUUAUUGCCCGUAUGCAUCUUAUCCAAGGAAAUAGACGUUUCUCACCUUGGAAAGGUUCGGUGGUAGACUCUGUGGUUGGGGUUUUUCUAACUCAGAACGUGUCUGACCAUCUUUCAAGGUAA